UUUUUAAAAUAACUAUAUGAACUUUUCAUUUUUUAACAAAAAUUUAGACCUAAAAGAAUUUAAGGAUUUAGGUCAUUUCAUAGUAUCAACUGCACUGUACCAGUACUUUUGCCCAGCACUGUAAAUCUCUCGGAGAACACCUCGCAUUGUGCAUGCUGUGAUAUUAUCAUAAUAGAGAUGCAUCCCAGGUAAUAAGCUCACGUUAUUUGUCAUUAUUUUGACAUCAAAACAACAUCUUUGAUGACAUUUUAACACUAAAACAACGAAUAACGUCAGCUUGCUACCUCAGACGCACACGAUGAUAUAAUCAUGCCGAAUGCAGAUCUAUCAUUGGGGAUUCUCUUAUGAAUGACGAGUUUCCUCAUGAUUCACGUAAACCCAUGUUUCCUCAUCUCUCGCACAAAGAAAUUAGUGACGCGCGUUUCUCUAAUGGUAAUUGCUUCUCGAUUGUAAUUGAUACUUAACUCGUAUUUUCACAUGAGCUUUAUUGAUACUUAAUUUCCAUUAUUGAUUUUUAAACCAAAAUAGAAGCUUUUUCAUUCAUAAUAGACAAUUUAAGAAAAGACACGCCAAGCGGAAAGUUUAAUACUAAAUUAUUAACGUCUAAUUGAACGUUGCAAUAUUAACAAGUGCUAUAAAUUAUUGAGAUUAAAUUGGUUAAUUUUUCAUACUUAAUUAUUUAGGCAUUACAUCAUUGUUCGAUUAAUACUGUUACGUUUGUUAAUAUCCAUCAAAAAUCGAGGGAAACGACAUUUCGUAUGACUGAUUCUCCUACCUGAGCAAUUCUUCGAUACUUGACGAACAAGAAACCGUGCCAAAACAUUUGGCUAAAUAAAAAUACUGUUUUACAUCUUUUCCUUUAACUUUACUUUAACAUCUUACUUUAAAAUUAUGAGUAAUCAUAUUCUUAUUAAAUCAUCACAUAUAUGCGUUACUAAUGAGAUAAUCAACUCGGAAUAAGAUACAAAUCUUAUCAUCCUUAAUUUAAUCAAAUUUAUACUUCCAGGAGCAUUAAUGUCAAGUUUAAAUUUCUUUAGACGCAUUUAAUAUAAUUACAGAAAUUAUGAAAACAAGAAGAUAAAAUAAUACGUUAUUUAUAUGACAAGUUAUUUAUAUAACAUUUAUUAUAAACAAAAUUACACAUAUAAUAUAAUAUAAUUACAAUUAUAAAUAACAUUUUCAAGGUUUUUAUUUGAUAGCAUCUCCGAAAUUGAUGGUUACCGAGCGGAAGAGGUAUAAAUCAUAGACAUUUUAAGUAAGUAAUUAUUAUUACAUAUCCAAUUUCCUAGCUGUGUAUCAGGGAAAUUCAUUAUCUUCGGAUCUUUUCAACCGCCGAGGUCAAAACUCAGCGGCUGGAGGACUAGCAUAAUGCUCUAUCUGAAAUAUAUAUCGCCAUGUAUCUUUUCGACAUAUCGCUCGGAUUUUUCUCAGAGAUUUCGUUCCCUCGUCGAAUAGAUGCGACGAGUGACGCAUUCGCGCUCUUCCCCCGUACUCUUUAUAUCGAUCGUGCUCUCACGUGCGCGCGAAACACACGCGCGAAAGAUUGCGCAGAAAGGAAGGCGAUGACGUUUGCGGAACGAGUGCGUGCGCGAUCGAGAAAGAUCGCGCGCACGGUCGCGUGCGUACGAGAACGCGAUGGGAAAGGAAAAGAAAAAAAAAUCGUUAAAUCCCCGUUAGUACAACGUAUCUGCGUUUCCCAAUGACGUCACAGAAAGUGCGAUCGCGUUGCGACACACAACGUGCGUCGACAGCAGGUCGCGUUUGCCUGCGUUUGCCCGAUCCGCGCCCGGCGUCUACCGGUCCUUGCCGGUCCCCCAUCAAGGUGGGGAAACGCGUGGUUUUCUGCAUCUGUAGUGGAAGAGACUAUAAAGCCCCACCAAUCGGCUGCGCUGCCGACAGUCCGCACGCUUCUCGAAACAACGAUGUAGUGCGUGAAAACGAAAAAUCGAUCGGCGGUGAGACAAAAGUCGGGAAAAAGAAAAUCGGGAUUUUUCCUCCUUUUCCUCUUCGAGAACUUCCUCUUCGUACGAUUGAUCCCGUGAGAGAUCCCGUCGGAAUAUCUUUCGUACUUCUCGCGUUUGAAGUAUAUAUACAUUUUUUUCCCUCAUUCCCUUACUCCUCACGGUCUCUGUAAAGUGAAUCUCUGCUUUGUGGAUUAAUUUACCUUUGUGCGCGAUACAUCGAUUUUUCGUGAUUCUUUACAUUGCUCCCCACGCUAGAAGAAUCAACAGAUAUCGCUACGAUGACGGUCAUGGUCGAGUCCGCGAAAGUAGAGGAGGGCAACGAGAAGAUCGAGAAGAAGAUCGAGAACUUUGACGACAUCCUGCCGUACGUCGGCGAGGCGAGCAGGUACCAAUGGUUCCUGUUCAUCCUACUCCUACCGUUCACUUUCGUUUACGCCUUUUUGUACUUCGCACAAUUCUUCAUCACUCUCGUACCCGCCGAGCAUUGGUGCACCAUACCGGAGUUGGAUCCCUACAAUCUCACAGAUAAUGAAAGGAUCGCGGUAGGGAUACCCCCGGCCACCGACGAGGAAUUGAGGCUGGAGAGCGCGACGUCGUUCUCAAGAUGCUACAUGUACGACGUGAAUUACACCGAGCUACUCGAGCGUGGUGUCAGGCAGGCCAAUCUGUCGUGGCCGAUAGUCCGCUGCAAGCAGGGAUGGACCUUUAACUACACGAUGAUACCGUACGCCUCGAUUGCCGCCGAGCUCGAGUGGGUUUGCGACAAGACUUUCCUCGGUUCCGCGGCCCAGUCGGCCUUCUUCGUCGGCAGUAUCCUCGGUGGCCUGGUAUUCGGUUACAUAGCUGAUCACUAUGGCAGAAUUCCGGCGUUGGUGUCCUGCAACGCGGUAGGAUUCUUCGCCUCCGUCGCCACGGCGUUCUGUAACAGCUUCUGGUCCUUCUGCCUCGCAAGACUGGUCGUCGGCUCGUCGUUCGACAAUUGCUUCAACGUACUCUUCAUCAUCGUGAUCGAAUACGUCGGCCCGAAGUACCGAACUCUGGUGGCGAACAUGUCCUUCGGGAUAUACUUUGCCGCCGCCGCUGGUCUUCUGCCAUGGAUCGCAUAUUGGAUCGCAGAUUGGAGAAUUUUAAGCGUCGUCACUGCAUUCCCGAUGAUCGUCGCUUUCCUCGGUCCGUGGCUCGUCCCAGAAAGUGCACGAUGGUACAUCAUGAGUGGCAAUGUUGACAAAGCGAUCGGUAUGCUAAAGAAAUUCGCGAAAGUAAACGGCAAGGAAGUGAAGCAGGAGGUGUUCGAAGAAUUCGAAAGAAGCUGCAAGAGCAUGAUCGAGCAGGACAAGUCGCACAAUCAGUACACGGUCCUGCACCUGUUCAAGUUGCCUCGACUGGCUCGCAUCACCAUGCUGCUUGUAAUUUAUUGGCUGUUGAUCAUUUUGGUGUUCGACGGGCACGUUUGGAACAUGAAGCUUUUGCAUCCCGACGUAUUCACGUCGUUUUCCUUAGCUUCAAUGACUGAGCUUCCGGCGGCGGUGCUACUGGCACUUUUCCUUGAUAGAUGGGGCAGACGAUGGAUGGGCUUUGCUUCUAUGUUUAUAUGCGGUAUCUUCUCCUUUAUCGCCAUUGGUACUCCCCCCGGUGCAGUAACCGUCGCCAUGGCGAUUUUGGCGCGCCUCGGUGUCAAUAUUGCCGCGAAUAUCGGUUUCCAAUACGCGGCCGAGAUGUUGCCGACCGUAGUGCGAGCGCAAGGUGUGUCUCUGAUUCACAUUAUUGGCUACUUGGCUCACAUCAUUGGACCCUAUGUGAUCUACCUGGCCGACGUCAAUGAACAUUUGCCGCUGAUAACUCUUGGCCUUUUGUCGUUUCUCGAUGCGUUCUUAACCUUAGUGUUACCGGAAACUCUUGACCAAGAAUUACCUGAAACUUUGCAGGAAGGCAACGACUUUGGCUUGGAUCAAAGCUUCUGGUGGAUUCCCUGUAUAUCCUCAACCCCGCAACUGAAGAAAUCAGUGAGAAAGAAAAUGAAGAAGGAGGGCGUGACAAACGUGGCCUUCCACGGCAGUAUUCAAACUAUUGACUGCACGAAAUUAUAACGACCGUCCGACGAUAAUUUGCUAAAUUUGUUGUAAAUAUCGUGACCAAAGUCGUCCGCGUGUGUAUAUGUGUGAUUUUAGGUGUUAAACUGAAGGUGACGCGAUGGACACAUCAAGUGCAAUAACGCGCGGUGAAGCGGCGCGGAGUGCGAACAGAUACGAGGAUAUAAGAAUACGGAUUUCUACGACGAAAGGGCACGUUUAGGAUGACACGAACAUGCGAACAAACUUUGUCAAUGUGAGAGUGCCAGAUUACUUUUCUAAAUUUCAUUUCUUUCGCGACGACCUCGACUUUCGACCUGCGCCGCUCUUCUUCAGAAUGCAGCUGUGUGUACAAAGCUAUUCGACUAAGCGUAGUUUUAUCGAGAGAUUUAUCGGGCAGGCGAGCCAACUUCUCCGUGCCAUUCGCGAGAUAUCACUAGGAAAUCGGAGAUCGAUGUAAUAUCGACGGAUCCGGAACGUUUUUUUUAUGUUACAUAGGAAGCCCGGUGUGCCAAAUGCGGCGUUCCAUUUACUCACGAGCGAAACGUAGAUAAAUAUCGCGUGUCUAUACUGUUAGUAGUGUGUGAAUAUCACACAUUUUUGGCUACUUUAAAUGUGUACCUCCCUGUUUUAAGACGCCCAUGGGUGCGUGAUAUUCACGUGUUUUUUAAAAAUUCACACACUCACAGACGUCUUAAAGAUAAAUUUUCAUAUUCACACCUAAAGACUAAAGAUGAAUUUUUUAAUUCACAAGUUAAAGCGUGUGAUGUUUACACGGUUCGUAAAGAUUCACACACUCACAGACAUUUUCAAACGGGAGACACACAUCACACGCCAUUGCUUCUAACACAUUGUAGACAUUCAUAUACACGUUCGCUGCAAAAGCUUUCGUUCGGCGGAAUUAAAAUACCUAUCUAACAGAGGGACGUCCAUCUCUUCGCUCAUUGUUCCUUGCCUCUCCGAACAACGUCUCUGAGAGCGGUACAUAAAGGACAAUUCAUUUUCUGUACCGAGAUACUGACAGACGGAGAUCACUUUGUUAUCACUCGAUAUUGAAAGGAUGCGACGGACCAAAUCAUGCGAACAGAUAAAAGAACUGUCAUCGCUUUCUUGAUGUAUCAUCAAGAGAUUGUUACAAAAUCGCUGGCGGCGAUCGCAAAUUAAUUUUCUUUACAUAAGUAGAAAAUUUUUUAGAUAAUUUAAUGUACAAGUCAGCACGGAAUGAAUACACGUUUUUCUUUUUUUUUUUCACCUUUCACUGCCAAACUUGGAAAGUUAAUUUCUUCAAAAAUCGUGAAAGACGUCAAUAUUUCGAUCAUCGCCAUCUAAAGGUGGCCGAAUAAUAAUGUAAAAUAAAACAACAAGUUAGUUUAUCCUCA